CCAGGUGACGGGGCGGUUUGGAUGGCGGGAGCAGUGAGAGGUGGGCGCAGUCCGCCCGGGGCCGCCUCCCCCGGCCGCUGUUAGUGAGAGGGGCAGGCUUGAUUGAUUGUUGAAUCUCAUCUGUGUGUACUGCAAUAGAAGAAAUGAUUAGCAGAUGACAAUGGAGGAAUAUGAGGAGUUUUGCAAUAGACAUUUAGCCAGGAUUCAGACUGAGAUGGUGGAAAAUAAAUCCUUAGAGUCAAUGUGGCCAAAGAACAACUCUGUUAUCCAGUUUUAUGGGAUUGCUGCACUCUGUCCUCUGAUGAAUAGUGAAAGGAAGCUGGAGAUGCAGCAGUAUAGACAAAAAGCUGUGGAACUGGAGCUCAGGCGGCAGAAAGCGAGAAAAAAUGCCUUACUGACUCGUGUGCAGGAAAUUAUAGAAAAUGUACAGGUAUGCCAUGUGCCAAGUGCCACUGAAUGUGUCAAAGACCCUGGAAGUCAAUCGCCAACAAAGAUUGAUCCAACAAGUUGUUUCAGUACAGUUCAGCACACUGACCAGUCUUCUGUUACUUCAAACUGUUCUGACAAACCUGAAGAUACCACUGUAUCAACUGCGACAUCAUUGAAAUUAACGGAAAUAAACGCCGCCAGAGAUUCUGAGAAGUGCGUUUAUUCUUCUCAACUAAGUGACCUUCCUAAAUUGACAUGUAAUGGCCAAUCCAAUAACAUAGUGUCGCUAUGCAUGAGUCCUAAGAAAGAGGAAUCCAAAACUGAUGUCCUGUUACCCACAAAGGAAUCUCCUGAUCAUUAUGCAAUGAGUCUUCAGAACCUGUUAAAAAAAUCAAGAGAAUAUGUAGAGAGAGAACAAAAUCGACGCAGUGGGAAAAAUGUUUCCAAGGAAAGUACAAGUGAAAGUCAUUCCGAUAAAGAAAAUGAAGGUGUUAAAAUCAGUGACUGGGAAAAAGAAAGAAACAAAAUAUCUACCAAAACUUGGAGUCCCAUUCUUGAGACAAGCAGUGCAAGGUCAACUUCACAGCCACAGGAUGCCUCUGCAACAAAUGAAAGCUCUGAAUUAUUUAAUAAAACAACAGGUAGCACAUUGGCUUCAGUUUUAGGCAGUUUAUCAAAAGUAAACUUAACGGAAAAGUCAACAAAAGGCUCAUCUAGAGAAUCUGAUUCAGAUGAGGAUUGGAUAAACUGCUCAGAAAGUGAACAUGACAGUAGCUUGCUUAAAAGCUUAAUGGGGUCUUAUGCCAAACUACCCAAUCCUGAACCAAGUCGCAGUCCGAAAAUGCACCAAAGACGUCCCAGGACAUCAACCAAUAUUGUUAUUAAUAAUCCAGUAAAUGCUUAUGAGCUAAGUCCGAAAGAAAAAUUUAAAGGAUUAUCUGGGAUACCUCUAGGUAAAAUAAAUAUUAAUAAUCUUGAUGCAAAGAGAGCAGUUCUGAAUGAAGCUUUAAUAGCAGUCAAUCAAGAAGAAACAGAACAAAAUGCUGGGAAAGUACAGGAUGUUCCAACGUGCUUGGGAAGUGUUGAUGAGAUGCCUAGAAAAGGAUGUUUACAUUUGUGUGCUAAACCUUCCGGAGUAUCUGAAGUAAAAACGGUUGGUAAUGCUGUUCAGGCGCCAUUGAGCAGCUUGAUUCAAAAAGAUCAUGAUUUGGAAAGGUCAUCUCCAUUACUUGUAAAUAAACAGGAAAUUAUUGAGUCAUUGGAACCCCAGAUUGAACUGAAUCUCAGUGGCCAAAAGACUAGCAGCUUGAUGGAAAAUGCUAAACAAGGUUCAUCCAUUGAGCUUAACAAAUCCUAUGAUGUCAAGCAUCCAUCCCCAGUGCUGCUGCAAAACCAAGCCACAAGACAACAAAUAGACCUCUCAACAAUGUCUUCAGACAAUGAAAAGUGUCUACAAAGCAGCAUAGAAGCUAAAGCCAAACGCAAGUUAGCGAUGGGAACUUCAAGUGCCAAAGAAAACAAACCAACUGCUGUUGAAACGGUUCAGGAGAUGAGCAGGUGGAUUCGAGACGAGAGACAUCAGAGAGUUUCUCUCAGCAGGAGUGAAACUGAAGUGCCUCCAAAUAACCAUAUUGAUGCUUUAGAUGAAGAGCUUAUCACAAAACAGAUGAUGACAUUUAUGGAAAUGCGGAAGCAAUUGGAAGAACAACACACCUUGCAACUCUCUAUGCUGAUUGCUGAACAAGAAAAAGAACAAGAGAAACUGCGAAGGGAGAUAGAGGAACAAGAAAGACGAUUUAGAGAACAAAUGAAUUUUGUGUUGGAAUCAACAGAAAAUCGCUACUGUAAAGAAGCAUCAUUAGAUUGGAAGAGAAUAAGUGAAAACUACCUGAUUUCAUCUCUAAUCAAUCGAGUGGAUGGCCAUCAAUCCAGUAGUUCUUCUAACAUUGCUUUUACCAGUAAUUCAACAAAUACUGAAUCCUCUUUAACUGGAUGGGGAGCUGGGAAUGAUAAAAUGCAUGAGAUGCAGAUUUCAUGUUUCCUUAAACAACGGAAUAGAUGGUCCCAGGUGAAUACAUCAGACAUGCAGAAGAAGUUUAAUAAAGUUACAGCUGUGGCAAAAGGAUUCCUUACUCGUAGACUGAUGAAGACAGAGAAAUUGAAACAACUUCAACAAACUGUAAAAGAUACCUUGGAAUUUAUCAAUAAUUUUCAGACAGAAGCACCUCUUAAAAGAGGUACUGUUUCAUCGCAAGAUCUUUCAUUACACGAAAGAGUAGUUGCACAGUUACGAGCUGCUCUUUAUGAGAUUCAUGAUAUCUUCUUUGUAUUCAACCCUGAAGAAAGAAUGCAAAUUCUGUGCCAUGAUCGGGAAAUUCGCAAAGAGAAACAGCUGAGACAAAUGGAGAAAUGGAAGAGCCCUAAAGAAAAAGGAGCUCUUUCGAUUGCGACACAGAAAUCUUUAGACAGAAAAAGGCAGAUUAAGGCUGCUGAAAUGGCAAUAACCAGUAAACAGAAGUCACAUGUGAAACAAAAGGCUUCCUCUGAAACCAGAAUUCUUCAACCAAGUCAGGGGCAGAAUGCUCCAGCCCGAAGACUACUUCACAGACAAGGAAUCCAGACUUCUAGGAAAGGUGUUGAACAGAAUAGAGAAAGGUACCCAGAAAGCAGAUUUCCUAAGAAAGCUGUUCCAGGAGCAUGCCCAGGAAGAGUGCUGAAAACAAAAUCAAGUGUUACGACAUUCUGAAGAAACAGCAUUCAAUAGGAUGAACAGUGCUACAUAACUGCUUGACCUUUGUGAAUUGAACAGCCU